GUCGAGUUGGGAACAAAGACGUCUCCCUGAACCUUCGCCGAAGAUGCCAAAGCCCGCGAACAAAGUCGCGAAGGCCCAAUCGAAAGCAAUUAUCCCCGCGCCCUUUACCGCUGCGCCCGCCGAGCUCCUUCCCCUCCUCUCCAGCUUCGACAAAAAAUCCGUCUACAUAGCGCAUGUCGACCAACACCCUGCAUGGUUCAAAAAAGGCAUCUACUCGGUCCCUGUUGUACUCAACGUUGCCAUUGGGCUGUUGGUGAUAUGGCGCCUGUACGUUCAGGUACCGUGGUAUUGGAUGCUCUUGAUGUCGAUCAUGGGCAAUGCGAAUGAAACGACGAUCUACUUCGCGAAGCUGACAUGGGGAAAGCUCAUCGCAAAGGUGUUCUGGCGGGCACUUACUUUUCUCUUCGAUUUCCUCCUCAUCACCGUCAUAGCGCCAUGGCCUUAUACCUUCUUCCUCGAACGGCCGGGCAAUCCAGUGCUCUGGAGACUUAGGAUCGGAUUCCGCGAUGAGGAGAUAUAUGUGCGGCAGAGCAGGGGGUGGGGUGCCGAGGAUCUUCUCGGUGAAGCCGAAGGCUCAAGCGGAAAAGCUGGAGCAGACAGCCCAUUCUUCAAGACGAGGGUACUGCCCGCGAUUGAUGCCGGGAGAUUGCGGGCAAAGACGGGGUAUCUGCUCAUGGACAAGGACUACGACUUGGAGUUUGCGGCCAUGGUGAGAGCCACAGAGCUUGUGGACAAGAAAGAGCUGGAUCUCGAUAUGCUCCGCAAAACGGUAUUUGUCUGGGUGGGUCCUGAGGAAUCUGGACAGUGGGCAAUGUGGGAUUGUUGGAAGCUGGAUGAGGGCUCGGAGACGGAAGCCAGAAAGAAGAUCGUGCUGUUCAAGGACCGACUCACCGCCAUGGGCAAGGAGAAUCUCUUCUUCAAGUGGGUUGAGCUGGUGCAGUACGAAAGCAGUGCACCUGGCGGAUUCACGCACGACAGGCAGAUGGCAACAGCACAAAAAGCUAAAGAACUUUUCGAAGCACAAGGCGUGGAUUUCGACACAUUUGUCAAGGAAAUUGGGGGGUUGGAGGGGAUGCCAGGCAUGGACUGAGUGUUCGAAACCUGUCUCAAAGUCUCCUGGGCUUUAUAAGUCUGGUCGCCAACUCAAUUGCCGCUUCAUAUCCAUACACACCAAGCCCGCAAAUAACCGCUUACGCCUUCUCGCUCGAAUAGCUACGAUGUCGAAACGCUUCGCUCUUGGUAUCUACUGAUAUGGACCUCCGGGAGUGGCAUGCCGAGGGAUAGCUGCGCAUCUCUCAUUGCUACGCUCGUAUGAGCAACACCAGGAUCUGUUAUUCCCGCGUCAGUUUCUCAUGC